UGGGAAGCUACUGUCAACAGCAGCUCCUCGGACGAGCUAUCACAUGACAGCAGCUCUGGUGCGACAACACGGCGACCACUUCCGGUGUUUGAGAAGCCGCCGUGGCCUUCGUCACGUGACGGAGGAGUUUUCAAACUUUAUAGCAUGAAUGCCAACCUGAAGAAACACUGUGUCUGACGGGGUGGGAUGAUGACUGGGAGGCGCCUGCCCCUCUCAUUAACCCCCCUUUCCCUCCACACCUCUUCGUUUACACCUUCAGGCCGGUCAAGUCCAGGCAGAGGAGGUGCAGCAGCAGCGUUGUAGACUCCCUUCUGUCCUCGCUGAAACAAAAACAACAAUGUUUGUCUCUGUGCUCUGCUUUGUUUUGCUGUUUGGAGUUUCUCAUGCCUCUGACACCGUGUCUGCUGCCCAGCUCGGGCCGCCGUCGCCCGGGUUCAGCUCCUCGGCUGUGCUCGCUGUUGUUGGCUCCGGUGUGUCUGCCGGAGCUCAGCGGGCCGGUCAGUCCCUGCAGGAGCCGGUACGAGGCCGGGCCCGUGAUGAGCACGUUGGGGUUACCCCAACCAGAGAUGUUCAACUGCACCCGGUUCCCGCGCGGGACCGAGCUCUGUAUCCCGGCAACCGGAGAGCACGAGGUGCGGACGGCGGAGGAGACACUCAUCUAAUCCCUUUUCUCUUCCAUCCCCCUGGGAGUGUUGUCUGUGAUGUCUGUAGUCUGGCUGCUGAAGGAGAGACUGACAUCCAGGAAAACUUCUGCCACAGCUCAUACGCAUUUAAGAUGCGUCUGGGCAGUGUGUCGACAGUGGGAGGGGACCGUCAGCUGGUGCCUACGGCCCGCAGCCGUAUUCUGAGGUGGGCAGGGGGAGGCGCGGAGAGGGCCGAAGGCAUUGGAGGCGCAAUGGCCCACAGCGCUUUGUGGCUGCAAGAAGGAGGCACCUGUACCUGUCCUGGCUUAGACUACGCAGAGACAAAUGCAGAGAGGGGAAUAGAGGAGGUACAAAUGGAAAAGGGACAAGCAAAAGAAGGAGGAAAGGAAGGAAACAGGGCCCAGGGUGAAUGGUACCUGGCCCUGGCUCAGGCCGAAGAGGGAAGACUGGUGCUGACUCGACUGGUGAGGUGGACCAGAAGGGACAAAGAGCUGAAGAAGUUCAUCAGAGCUCUCCUUAAACAGUCCUGUCCAGAGCUGUAGACAGGGAGCUAUCAACCACUGCUGUACUGUCCCAUGGAAGUUUCUGUUCACAUGCAACACUUUACAGUCAUGUACAUAAAAUCCAGAGCAGUUACCAAAAAAAUGAGUGUAAAACAGAUUUUUUUUUCAGCUAAUAAAUAGUUCCCAAAUAACGCUUAAUAAAUCACAAGAGUACAGAUUGUUAGAUACUAUGUAAAGGGACAAGUGUUUAAGGUUUAGUAGAUAUGUGUAUAUCUGCAUACUGGUCACUUCCUUGAUGAAUUGUUCCUGAAGAGCAAUAAUCAAUAACCAGUCAAGUCUCCCUUUCUAAGUGACCCGUCAAGUAAAGCAGUGCAUCGAGUUCUUACGAUCUUUACAUCAGGAUUACUUUACUCAUCAUGUUUGUGUCCCCUCUUGUAAGUAUUAUUUGACCAAACGGACAACAGUGAAUUCAUUAUUAGUUCAUUAAUGACAAAACUUUGUGUGUCUUAUUGUAAAUCUCACACAGGCAGUGAUGGUAAGGCAUUGUUACAAAAAAGUUAGUACUACACAUGGCAUGCAAAUGUUGAUAUAAUUCCAACUGGUGCAAUAUUUGUGCAUAUAGGAUCAAAGUGUAGUUUUGGUAAUGAUUGCAGGGUUUUCAGCUGAUCUCAGCACGUUUAUUUUAUUGACACAUAUUUGGGCUAAAGCAGUGUAAUUGUUGUUAUUUCUGUAAUGAUAAAAUCUUUUUAUUAUACUAUCUAUAUUAUAUCAACAUCAUAAUACUUUUAUACUCAUUGAGCAAACAUACAUAAAUAUAAUAGACCUGCACGUAUAUCUUUUAUUUUUUACCAUUCUGUUUCACAGUAGUUUGAUAAGUGAAAACAGGAUGACAGGACAACAAUAAUCACCUGUUAGGAAGCUACACUCAAGACACACUGAAAAGAAAGAACUGUGAUGUGCACAAUAAAUCAUUUCCAUCUGUUUUUUUAAAUACUGUAUUUAAAUUGUGUCGAGUUACAUCAGUUGAUAUUCCAUGCAUUAGCUUUUUUGUGUGUGUCUUUCCAUCAUGACUCAGUAAAGAAAAGAAAUUUGAUUCCACACAGACACACACCUGUUGAUGUUAACUUGAUACAUCGAAUGUCCGUUUCACGCUGCCUCUCUCUAUCUCACUCUCUCUGCUUCUGUCACAGUAUCUGUCCUAUUGUAAAUAUCUAGACAAGAGGUUAUCUGUGCGACCGAUUACUAAUGACAAAAACUGAUGUGUGGAGUUGUUACUGUCCGUGUCUGUUAAUUGAAAAUAAUUACGGGAUAUAUACUGUCAUGCAGGUGAUACAUGAAUUAUUCAAAGCUCUGGGUCUCUUACCUUCUCUUAAACACACACACACACUCCGUCUUUUUGCACUGGUCUCAGCUGUAGUGCCACUUUCAUGUUCGUUGUCACCAGUGCUGCUUCUGCUGCUGCUGCUCUGCCUUCACCAAACUUUUUAGGAAAUAGGUGAGUAUGUCUGUUUUUUUAUGGGACAGUAAGAGAGACUUCAUUUUGAUGCAGAUAUUUUGUUAUACCAUCUGUUGUGUGUGUGUGUGGUGGAGAAAGCCUGUGGAGUCUACUGUUACCUAAGGCAGGAGAAACAUCUAGAUAGUGACAGCACUUUCUCUCAUAUCUACCACAGGACUAAAGCAUGAAAUGUGUAGAGCUCAUCUAGCUUAAUUCAAAACAUAUUUAAAAUGUGUUUAAUCUAUGUGGAAUUUUGUCAUUUCAGGUAUUUCAUUAAUAAAAUGGUCACUAUUG